AUGGCCCUCGUCGUUGGAGUCCCGCUGAGCGGUCGCGAGCAGCUGCUCUUCCCGCGCGCUUUCUUCGACCUACACCAGGCGCGCGGUUACCUGGUCGCGGGCCGUAGCUUCGAGCAAGGCGCGGCCGCACUCGCAGGGGCCGAGAAGAAGAGCGUUCGCCUCGCGGUCCAGGGCGAGGAGGUCUUGGUCUAUGCGGACCCGUCCGGCACCGAGCCGCUGCUCCGCCUGCCUUACCGGUACCUGGUUCACAGCUGGAGAGACACGGAUUUUGCAGAAAUGACUAUCUAA